GGACUACGUAUAUUCAAAGACGAAAAUAUGUUUAAAAGGCUGAUUAGCUUCUUGGUUCUUACCGGUUUCUACACCAGCUUUGGGACCAGUCAACCUCUUGUACCGGCUCUACUCAUAAUGGGAGAUUCUGUUGUCGAUGCCGGUAACAACAAUCUUCGCCUUACCCUCGUCAAGGCCAACUUUCCUCCUUACGGACGCGACUUCUUAGCCCACACUGCCACCGGUCGUUUCUCUAACGGAAAACUCGCCAUCGACUUUACCGCUGAGAAUUUAGGGUUCACUUCUUACCCGGUGGCGUACCUUAGCCAAGAUGCAGCAAAUGAGACUAAUUUGUUAACCGGAGCCAAUUUCGCCUCUGGUGCUUCCGGUUAUCACGACGGAACUUCCUUAUUAUACAACGCAAUCAGCUUGACCCAACAAGUGGAAAACUACAAAGAGUACCAAAGCAAGGUGACAAGCAUGGUAGGGAGAGACAAAGCCAACGAGAUAUUCAAAGGCGCGAUUCAUCUUCUCAGCACCGGAUCCAGCGAUUUUCUUCAAAGCUAUUACAUUAAUCCUAUCCUUAAUGCGAUAGUCGCACCUGAUCGAUUCUCAGAUCGUCUCAUGAGAUUUUAUUCAACCUUUAUCCAAAAUAUGUAUGAUUUAGGUGCUAGAAGAAUUGGAGUAACGUCGUUACCACCCUUGGGUUGUUUGCCAGCAGCGAUAACGAUGUUUGGUGGUAUUGGGAGCAAUACGUGCGUCGAAAGACUAAACCGGGACGCGGUUUCCUUCAAUACCAAACUCAACAACACGUCUGUGAACCUAGCUAACAAGCUUCCUGGUCUGAAAUUGGUCGUUUUUGACAUUUAUAAUCCUCUAUUGAACAUGGUCAUGAAGCCUGAAGAGAAUGGGUUUUUUGAAUCAAGAAGGGCUUGUUGUGGAACCGGAACAGUGGAAACUUCGUUUCUAUGCAAUGCAUUAUCGGUGGGUACAUGUUCAAAUGCUACCAGUUACGUGUUUUGGGACGGUUUUCAUCCAUCAGAAGCAGCCAAUCGUGUUCUAGCCGACAAUCUUCUUGGCCAAGGAUUCUCUCUCAUUUCCCAAACCUAAAUUAAAAGAUUUAAACAAUUAAGAUGACGUGACCAAAAUGUAUUAUAGACUAAUUAGCCUAAACAAUGCUUGCCUGCUUGUUUUCUUUUACUCAUUCGCAAUCAAUGUAUUUACCAUCUCAUGUAAGAAAAAUUAAAAAUAUAGUGAUCCACCAAAUUAUGCUUCCAUAAUCACUGCAAAAUGUUUGUUUGACAAGCAUCCUUGGUCAACUAUAUAGUAAAUGUCAAUAUUUCUAAGCUUCCAACAAUACAGACACCUCAAGUAAAUUUCUCCACUACAAUAUCAGAAUAGAGGUUUCUAUGGGAGAAAUAUUCUAGCUCUUGAACCUUAUUGAUACAAAAUGGAAUUAGCUCUAUGGAGCUUGUUGGGAUUGUUAAAGUCCAUGUCUAACUCUAUAUUCUCCGAUUAGUACGAUAUUGUCCACUUUGGGCCUAAUUGGCAAGCCCGUAUGGAUUUACUUUUGGUUUCCAUCCCAAAAGGCCUCGUACUAUUAGAGUUGGACAUCUCUUUAUAUAUUAGACACUCUUUGUCUAAUUCUCCAAUGUGGGACUUAGUUUGUUAUCUCACAUUCUCCCCCUCAAACUAAGGAUCACAUUCAUCUCGUGUCCCACAACUGACUUCCAGGAUCUUCUGACUUGAUUUCUGCCACACACCUCUCAUUCCUAACUCAUAAGAUACUAUUCAUCUCUCGAAGGGUAUUUCGGUCUUCUUGCAGAUUUCUCAUCGACCGCUCUGAUACCAAUUGUUGGGAUUGUUAAAGUCUAUGUCCAACUCUAUAUUCUCCGAUUAGUACGAUAUUGUCUACUUUGGGCCUAAUUGGCAAGCCCGCUUGGAUAUACUUUUGGUUUCCAUCCCAAAAGGCUUCGUACUAUUAGAGUUGGACAUCUCUUUAUAUAUUAGAUACUCUUUGUUUAAUUCUCCAAUGUGGGACUUAGUUUGUUAUCUCACAGAACUUUGUUAUGCAUAAAUGUUAAGAGAAGGAAAAGCUUUUAGUAGUCUUCAAUAAGCUAAGGGAUUUGAUAUAUAUUUCAUAGAUGGGAACGUGUAACUCUUCACCGCAGCCUUGGUUACAAGAGGUGAAAAAUAACACACAUGUAUAAUAUGAAAUCACUUGGAAAGAAAUAUGACAUAAUAUUGGGCUACUUAACAA